UGUGUUUGUUUAUCAAGUGUCUUGGUCUUCCUGUGGUGUACUUCCUUUCCAAUUCAAAAUGGCUACCUGCAAGAGCGUUGUUGUAGUUUGUCCAAAUGCUCGCCGACAAACCGUUAAAGUUGGUCCAACUACAACUAUUUUACAAAUUUUGGAAGAAGUCUGCAAGAAACAAGGAUUUUCAAGCCAAGAACAUGGUAUAAAGCAUCAGAGGAAGAUACUGGAUGAAACUUUACCAAUACGGUAUUCAGGACUCUCAAACAAUGCCCAUCUAGAGUUAGUGAAGCAUGUAAAAACAUCCAAACAAGGAGUUCAGUGCACCAUAGCCAUACAGUUAGCAUCUGGUGAAAGACUUCAAAAUGAUUUUCCUCCAGAAAACUCUCUUUGGGAUCUUGUAUCUCACUGGAACUCUCAGGAAGGAAGUGAACAUCAAAACAAAUUAUUUGGUACAGAAGAACAAGAUGUUGUUUGUGUAUACAUGACCCAAAGAAUUAGCGGAGAGGAUAACUUGAAGAAGACAACCCUUCACAGUCUUGGCCUGACAGGAAAAAGGGCAAUCAUCAGACUUCUCCAUGAGAAGGCAUCUGUGGAGACCUCUGAGCCAAUGAUAAGUGAAGACAAGACAUCAUUGAAGAAACAAGAAACAAGUGCUGAGAACCCUCAGCCAACAAUACCUGUCACAGUACCGACACCCAACACAGGGAAUUACUGUCAGCCAUUGUCAAGUGGGGACAAAGAGAUAGCUGAUCUGGACAGACAUCGACCAUUAGACACAGGGACAGUGAGCCCUGAGAGAGCUGCAAGUGAUCCCAAAAGAACCAGGGUUACUGGACCAACACCAUUAUUUCCUGAUUUCAAGUUUCCAGAGCGGCCAGCCAGUGAGGACCAAGGCCAAAUAAGUAUGACUGAGGAGAGAUUACAACAGCUUUCCACACCUUGUGAGCGCUGCCCUGUCAUAUUUAAUGAAGAUGAUCAAACAUUAUCCAAUGCAUCUGAAGAAGAUGUGCCAGAUUCUUUUUAUGAUGUAACAGUAGAAGACUUGAGGAAAAUGUUACAGGAUCUACACAGUGAAAAGACCAAAGGAGCUGAAAUGCCGCUAUUGACUAAAGCCAUGAGAGAAAGUCGACGGUUACAAGAAAUGUAUAAAUAUGAAAAAGUUGUUAUUCGUGUUAAAUUUCCAGACAGACUUACACUUCAAGGUUUCUUCAGACCUCAAGAAAAAGUGUCAGUACUGACAGAGUUUGUUAAAUCUCAUCUGGAAGACCCAGACACAGCAUUUUAUCUGUAUACAACUCCGCCUAAAACAGUAUUAAAGAACCAGGAAGCAACGCUGUUUGCUAGCCAACUUUGCCCCGCAUCUCUUGUGUAUUUUGGCUCAUCGAUGAAACGAGAUCACUUCUUGUCUAGUACUCUUAUUGGUAACCUAAAAUCAGCACUGGAUGCAGAGAAAACCGUCUUUGAAGCUGGAAUACGUGGUCCUGCCGAACCUCAAUCAACCAACACUGAACAUCUCUCCAAUACCACUGCUAAUAGUACGAACGGUAGACCAGUAGGUGACGUCACUUCCUCCGCGAGACAAGCAGCCCAACCAACACAGGCAGCCGCUGGCUCGAAUGCAAAAGUACCGAAGUGGUUUAAAGGGACAGGUAAAUGACUGGUUAUCAAUGGACUUAGUUCUUAUAGAGCUUUCAGUAUGACCAUGGAAUGCCGAUCCAGCAAAAGAAAAAGAAAGGAGACCAGUCUGUCAGCAGGGAAGAUUGAUGUUGACCAGAUACCUGACGUCUAAAGGCGAUAAAUUUAUCUUUCAAAUCAAUAAUAAAACAGAAAAAUAGUAGAAAAA